AUGGACAUGUUUAUGUGGGAACCAGCAUAUGAGGCAAAACCUGCAGCUGCUUGCCAAAAUGCUGUUGUUUUGCAAAGGAGAAAACCCAAAUACAUGCACUCGAGUUUUUUGGGUUUGUAUAAUCAGGACGGAAUUGAAACUGUUGGAUUGGAUGACGCGGCAGCGAGACUAGGUAAUUGUUUUGAUGUUUUAUGUUUUGGUUGGUGUUAUGUUUUUUGGAUGUUAGGUGUUGAGAGACGGCGGAUUUAUGAUAUUGUUAAUGUUUUGGAAAGCGUUGGCGUUCUUGUGAAAAAGGCGAAAAACACGUAUCAUUGGUUAGGAUUGGGGGCAAUACCUAAGGCUUUAGAGCAGCUAAAGGAAGAAGGUUUUAGGAAUGAUGAUGAACAUGUUGAUGUUAAAUCUGGAAAGGUUUCUGAUGAUGAAGACGAUGAAAGAGUUUCUAGCCAUAGUGUUUCUUUACAGGAAAAAUCAGAUCUAGAUUCAAUGCAUAAAACUUCAGGGUCGUUUAAAUCGGGAAGUGUAACGGAAAAUUGGAAGGAAAAAUCUUUGGGGCUUCUUACCAAGAAUUUCAUCAAGCUUUUCCUAUGCACUAAUUCGGAUAUGCUUUCGCUUGAUGACGCUGCAAAAAUAUUGCUUGGAGAUGCUUAAAAUCCGUCAUUGACCCGAAGUAAAACUUCUCAACAAUUGUUUUAAAUUUUUUUUAUCGAAAAUACUACUUAUUACACUAUAGCUGA